AUGACUUUUUUAUUUGCACCUGAAUUAGUGAUUAAUAACGCUACAUAUAAUAAUAAUGAAAUAGCGUUUAGACCAUUAAGUAUAAAUGAUUAUGAUCUUGGAUUUUCAGAGUUAUUACAACAACUUACAGUGGCAAAGUUUGAUAAAACACAAUUUGAACAGAGAUUUAUGGAGAUGAAGAAAGAUGGAACUUACUACAUUGUAAUCGCUGAAGAUUUAAUAAAGAAAAAGAUUAUUGCAACCGGUACAAUCGCAGUUGAGAAGAAGUUUCUCAGAGACUGUGGAACAUGUGGUCAUAUUGAAGAUAUAGUCGUAGAUUCAACAUAUCGUGGAAAGAAUCUUGGAUUAAAGUACUAA